UUGGGAGGUACUCCGAACUGGCCCCGCUGGCUGCUCUCACACCUUCCCAUUUGUCGGAUGAUCAGUUCCGAAAAGGGCCGUCAAAAUAUCCGAACCGAUUUUAUACCAACACUGCGUUUACAGUAAUCCUGGGAUUUUCGUCCAUUUGAAGCAGCUCCAUGGUGACCCGAUACUGAUUUUACAGAGGAGGAUAUUCAGUGGUACAGCAGGAGAGUACUCUUGCUGCACGAGCAGGGCUGAAAGAUGUGCAAUGGAAUAGCGUGUGAGACAAGAGCCUCGCUCGCUCACAGAGUGGCCGCCUCAUCCCUGCUGCUGCUCCUCCUCAGUAUGCUCCCCACAGGCCAAGCUUCAGGCUGUCCCAGACCUUCAGUUGUACCUCAUGGCCAUGGGAACCUAACAGAAACCAACCGUGGCUCUUUCUCUGUGGGUACACUUCUGCAGUACAGUUGUGAUCCAGGAUACAUGCUGGAUGGCUACAGUAUUAUCACCUGCACUGUCUCAAGCCACUGGUCUCCUGAGCCGCCUCGGUGUGUCAAAAAUGAUGUUUGUCAACCACCAAAUGAGCCAGAGAAUGGAGGAUAUAACUGCCACCCCUCGCCCUGCCAUAGACUAACCCAGGGUACAGUGAUCGAGUACUUCUGUGAUGAGGGUUACAUUCUGAAAGGAGGCUACCAAUUCAGAACCUGUGAGAGCGGAGAGUGGAAGUCAGCUAUACAGAUCAGCUGUCACCCUGUACAAGGGGAGGACCAGCGCUCGACUCUGCCCAUGCCUGCACUGUCUAUUGUGGCCUCCACCGCCAGCACAGUGGCCCUCAUUUUGCUGCUGGUGGUGCUGUUUGUUUUGCUGCAGCCCAAACUCAAGUCCUUCCAUCACAGCCGCCGUGAGCAGGGUGUGUCAGGACAGUCUACCUCCAUCAUGGUGGAGGGUGUUCAGGUGUCGCUGCCCUCUUAUGAAGAGGCCGUGUAUGGUGCUAGUGGCAACUCUGUGCCACCUCCUGAGUCCCGUGUUCAGAUCGUGCUGUCGGAAGGCCCGCAGUCUGAGGGUUCGAGCGAACCUCUGGAACAGACUCGGCCAAAUUACAGUUUUCCCUCCACCUCGACUGCUGCAUCCUCGUGUCAUGCAGAGACUGUAUUGGUUCACCAGAUGCCCUCUUCCUCUUCUCCAUCCUCCUCGUCCUCUCCUUCCUGGGCUGCUGAGCAGCCUGGUGCCGCUGCCCCUCUCCACCGCAGGCAGAGCAGCGAGAGCAGCGAUCAGCACAGUCUGCUUUCAGUCACCUCUGCAGAAGACUAUGGAGAUGAUAUUCCAUUGCUAAAGGAGGCCUAAAUCUCUGAGCAAUAAAACCACUUCUCUCUGUCAUUGCUGGCCAGGACUGUAACCCCUAAAGCUUCUCACCAAACACUACCCCUUCAAAACAGCAGUAAAUACGAUGUCCAUCAGCUGUCCCUCUGCCAAAAAAUUGCCCACACCUGGGCCCUGCAAGCUGUGUGACCCCUUGGAGUACAGUGGCUAUCUUCACAGGAUAUCUUCCCUUGAACAGAUGAACCCUCAAAGGGAUGCGUAAAUGUUUAAUACACCUUUACUUACAGGUGCACCAAUAAUCACAGGCUUACCUGUCACAGCAAGGAUUCACUAAUUACAAAUUAAUGCAUUCAGAUUAUGUAACGACCAUUUAGAAGGUUGUGGACCUCUGCUCUGUCAAUAACUGUGACCUCUAGCGAAGGGAUUUGCUAAACCAGGCCCUUUUCUUUUUGAUGGUGCAUGUUCUGUGCAAUUUCUUUUCUUUUUCUUUUUCUUUUUUUUACUGUUUCUUUUAAACACGUGUAUACACAGAAGCAGGACACAAUUGAAGCAUGUUUCACAGCACCGGCAUACACCAUCUCAACGCUUGACUGAAUGGCUUGUCCCUAGCGUGAGACACGGGGAUUGCUAGACACGGGGAUUACAUUGUACUGUAUUCAAAUACAUGCUUGCCUUUUUGUUUGCCAAGACGUGUGUGUGUGUGUGUGUGUGUGUGUGUGUGUGUGUGUGUGUGUGUGUGUGUGUGUGUGUGUGUGUGUGUGUGUGUGUGUGUGUGUGUGGUGACUGUGGCUAUUGUGAAUUUGAAGAGGACUGAAGUAUCAUCUAGGCUUCUUAUCCCUAAAUAGGAAACAUUUUCAAUACUUCCAUUUUCUAAUUGAGACGUUAUUUAACUAGAAUCGAUGUUCUUAGUCUACAUGUCUGUAUGUCUAAAUUGAACGAGAUAUACUUUGUGAACGAGAUACACUAUGUACUUUGAGAUCAGUAAAGAUGAAAAUAACUGUGAAGUCAUGCCGCAGAAUCUUCUCCUAAUGAGAAAGACUAAAGAAAUAAUUUAUUUCUUGCUUUUAAAAGUGUGAUUGCAUUGUUCAAGCUCGUGUUUCACAAGUAUAUCUCUCUCAUGUUUAUGUGUUGCACGCACAAAUUCAGAAAACUUUCUCUUUUUUUUUCACCUGCAUGUUCUUUUCCAAAAGGACUUUCUGGGUGUGGACUAAGUUCAUUGCUGGGCUGUAAUUUAUGAGUUUCAACUUGCUAGUAAUAUUUGGGUUAUUAAAUUUGCCCCUGCCUCCUAUAAUGAAUGCUUUGCAAACCAGUCCAUACAUGGCUAUGAUUUUAAGACUGAAUCACUAUCAACAAUAGGAGCUAUGUUUAUUAAGUUAAUUAAUAUUAAAGGGGCUGUAAGAGAUUUUUUUCAUGGAAAAGUAUGCAAAAAUGUUCCUACUCCCUUAAAGAUAUCAAUUAAAUAAGUGUCCCGAGAUAUCUCACCGGACUCUGUGACAGCUGUAUACUUUGUUAACAGCAAACUGACGCUUUUCACCUGUCAAUCAUUUUACUUGUUCUCAUAGUGUUGUAUUUGAAGAAGAUCUUUGAGGCUAUGGUUAAUAAUGUUUGUCAGAUGAGGGCGCUAUUGUGCCACUGUUGAAUUUGACUGCCACAGGAACAAGCAAUGCUUCUCUUUUGCUCUGUUUUGGUCUCAAAAUUAUCUUUGGAGGGCGGGGUUUUGUAAUGAGGGUGUGUGGCUAAUUCAACGCCUCAGUCACGCGAGAGCUUCAGAACACUGAAAUCGCUUACAGCACCAUUAGGAAAGAGUCAUUUGUAAUUAAGAUUGGUUUAUCAGGUCUUUCAAAGGGAAUUAGUUUGAAACCCUGUCAGAUUUUAAAAAAUGUGGUGCAUUGUUUUAAUGCACUGUACAGUAAACCACGAAGACCCUCAUUUUUCUUAAACAGUUUGCAAGUUCUUGUGUUAAAGGAAUAUUCCGGGUUCAAUACAAGUUAAGCUCAAUCGACAGCAUUUGUGGCAUGAAAUUGAUUGCCACAAAAAUUGAGGUAACGGUAAGGCACUUGCAAUGAAAGUGAAUGUGGCCAAAAGGUUAGUAAGUGAUUUUAUCACACUGAAAUCAUGUUAAUACACACAUAUUGUUUAGGUCUUGUGGCUAUAAUUUUGAAACAGUGAGUAUUUUAAUGUUCAAAAAUUGGCCCCCGUUCUCUUCCAUAUUAAGUGCCUCGCUGUAAAGCAGAUUUUUGCUUGAUUGAGCUAAACUUGUAUUAAAACCGGAACAUUCUUUUAAAUGUCCCAAUGUACAAGUCAGCUCUAGGAAAUGUCCUUUCUCAUUCGUAGUGUGUUCUUUUGGCAAGUGGAAAUUUGAAAAACAUUUCAGUUUAUUUCCCUUGGUUUGUGUUUUACAUCACUGGAAAUUGCCGCACCUCAAAAGUUUGUCAUCAUGCAUCAAAAAAGAAAUGUUUAGUCUGACUUUGUAGAGCGAAAGAAAGAGGGCAGUUUACCUAUCUGCACAUCCUUGAUUUUAUUUUCGUGGUUUUUGUAAAUUGAUCGACAUUUGUCAUGCAAACUGAAGGCAAAAUAUUACUGCUGCCUUAACUUGUACAUUUCAAACAUUUCUCACAUUGUAAUCACUUGUUUCUUCUGUUUCACUGGCUUUAUGGUCAUUUGUCUUCAGUUUUCUAAUGGCCUUACUUUUUUUUCUAUGCAUAAAUAUUGUUGCAGAUAUAGGGUUUUACUCAGUUGGAGGAUGUGACUUUAAGAUUGUCCACUCUUCCUCAGAAACAAUUCAGUGAACGUAAAUUAUGAACCUUUUAGUUUUUAUUUCUUUUCUUUUACCAGUUUUCACUCAAAGGAUGUUUUUAUGUUUAAAAAAGAAAAAGAACGCAAGUAAAAAAGGAUAUCCAGGAUGUGUGUGAAACACUGUUGUACAGUGUUUUUCUGCAAAUGUAAUUUAAGUUGACUCAUCCACACAGCCCCUCACCCCCAUUGCUCUUCUUUUGAUUUCCCUCUGUACAUUGCUGUGGGUGUGAAAAUAGUAUUUUAAUAUUUGUAUAAAGUUUAAUUUAAUUCUACAGUGUGUAUAUAACUAUUUCUAAUUAAAGCUUUCAUUUGAAGUGCACAGAUGGUGUUAUUGUGGUGAGUUUAACAAGUGCAAUCAUGUUAUGGUUUUGAAAUGAAUGCUUUACUUAUAUUCCCACAGUCAUGGGAAAACCUGGUAAUGUCGGGACAUUUUCAGAUUGUGAUUUCCAGGCCUGGAAAUUUAAUGAAAAUUAGGUCAUUCUUCAAGGAAUAUUCCGGUUUUAAUUGUCUUAAAAAUGUAUUUUGACUUGUCCUGCCUUUUCUUUAAAAAAUAAGCAAAAGUCUAGGUUACAGUGAGACACUUACAAUGUAAGUUAAUGGGGCCAAUCUGUAAACGUUAAAGACAUAAACAAUACAAAUAAUUAACAUUAUUGUAGUGUGAUAAAAUCGCUUACUAACCUUUGCUGUAUGUAAGCUAUAGGAGUAUAAAUUCUCCUAUAUUGCCAUGACAAUGUAAAGCUGUAAACCCUGCAAUCCAUGUAAAUGAUGAUUUAAAGAUCUUUACAGCUCAAAUAAUACACAAGUUGUAACAGAAGAGUUAAUGUAAGUGCUUUAAUAAAAUUAUAAGCUUCACAUUUCUGCCUUU